UUUGGAUUUUUUUAUUUUAGGAUAUCGAACCCUUUGUUUUGGAAUGAGAGAGCUUGAGCCAGAAUUUUAUUUAAAUUGGAUAGAGGAUUUUAAAUUAUCUUCAACAUCAUUGGAAAAAAGAGAAGAAAAAUUGGCAGCAGUUUCAGAGAAAGUUGAAUGUAAUUUGCGAUUAAUUGGAGUUUCUGCUAUUGAAGAUAAAUUACAAGAGAAUGUUCCAUUAACUAUUCGAACAUUGUUAAGUGCUGGUAUUUUUAUUUGGAUGCUUACUGGGGACAAAUUGGAAACAGCUAUUCAAAUCUCCCAUUCUUCUUCGAUAACUUCAAAAGAUACAAAAUUAAUGAAAAUUGUUGAAAAAUCAUUCGAAGCAGUUUUGGCCAAACUUAAAUUUUUUAUUAAUUCGGUUUUCUAA